AUGUCGUACUUUAUCCCGCCCGUCAACUACGGGAUGGUCGAAGAGGACCUCUACCGCUCGGGACAGCCAAAUGAGCUCAACUUCCCCUUCUUAGAGCGUCUGAAUUUGCGCACGAUUAUUUAUUUGGCACUCGAGGAGCCGAGUCCGCAAUUCCAGAGCUUUGUGGAAGAACAGGAGAUUCAGCUCGUGUUUCUGGGGGGCAAUACACGAAUGGAGAGUCGUCGCAAGUCAUGGGAACCGCUUUCGGAGGAGACGGUGCUCGCUGCGCUGGAUAUUAUCCUCGAUCGGUCGAAUUAUCCGCUCUAUCUUACGUGCCAUCUCGGUCGAGACCGGACAGGGGCAGUAGUGGGUUGUCUUCGCAAGAUCCAAGGUUGGCAUCUGUCGUCCAUCUUUGAGGAGUACCGACGGUUUGCUGGCAGCAAAGUGCGGCUGCAGAACGAGCAGUUUAUCGAGCUGUUUGACACGGACUUGGUGACGAUCCCUGCCAGGUCCCCGUCGUGGGUCCGAAAGCCCCAACACCUGUGA